AUGACAGUGAAUGAACUAACUCGUUCAAAUUCAACGAGCGCCGGCUACUUUGGCAAAUCAGCAAACUAUCAUGCACAACUAACCAAAUCCUUAUUCAACAACUAUCACAAGUCGGUACAAAACAUCCAGAAUAAUCAACACAAUCAGAAUAGCCAAAGUGCACACCCGAUGAACCUCAACCAGUCUUCUGGACACUUAACAAUGACGAAGCCAUCUUUCGAUAAUGAUGCACAUAGUAGUAGGUCUUAUUCACACCACGAUCACGGAUACUUUACUGAUAGAGCAGCCAUGUCGGUUCCAUCAUCAAGAAUUGAAAAUUACUACAACGAUAACACCAUCGAAGAAGAAAUUCAACAAUUUAUUGAUAACAACAUUGGCAAUACCAAUGUUCAUGGUGACAACGGUAUUGGCGAUGGCAACAGUGGCAAUGACAAUACUUUUAAUAGUGGCCACCAGAACAACUUGGAUUACCAAGACGGCUUUUUUGAACAACGCAACUAUCAACAUGCAACUUCAAACCUGAUUGCAAACCCUCAGUUCUAUUCUACUAAUUAUCAACCCGAAGAAGAAAAAGGCGGAAGCAGAGGCGGAGGCGUAGGCGAAGGAGGUUUUUUUGGACAGUUUCCUCCAAAUUCACACAAUACACAGAGUCUGCAGAACCAAUUAAAUUCACUGAAUCUACAAAAUCUACAGAACCAAUCGAUUGCACCCAAUGUUCAGGACCCUCCAAGCCAGUCAACUCAAUCAAAUUCUCUGAAUUUAUCAAACCCUACAAAUACAUCAAAUGCUGCAAACCAAGCAACUAUUUCAAACACACUAGAGCAGCCAUAUUCAUCUGCUUCACUCCAGCCCAUGCCUUAUUACCCUCAACCUAUGCCAAAUGCCUUUCCGGCUCAAGGGGUACACGGUGGUAGCCACCUAGUACCCCAUUACUACGAAAGAAGACAAAGCUAUGACAUAUCUGCAAACCCACAAUCAAUGUUUCCCGAGAAUAAAGUAGACCCAAGAAAAACUCGUAGAGCACGGCCCAUGAAGAAGAAACCAACUUUCCAUCUCACUCUCGAAGGAAUUAAUAAACCCAUGACAUCACACAGAAUGGUCUCCUCUGCUCAUUCAGAUUCUGGCGCAGACUAUUGGAACCGAACACCAAACAGUUAUGGACACGGACACGGACACGGGCACGGACACGGUCAUGGACAUGGACACCAACGUGUGCCGCUGAAGUUGGCAUUUACACCAGCGCUCGAUGAACUGAAACAAGAAUCCAUAGACUUUAAUGAACAAUCUAUCCCAUCUUUUAAUCUUACACCUUCAGUGGAUCCACCAACGAAUGAAAGAAGAGGAUAUUUUGACACACCGAAAAGUGAAUAUUUAAACAAUGGGAGUUUCUUUUCCCCUGGGAUUAAAUCUUCUUCAGAAAACGUCAAUGCUUUUGAUAGCGCGUUGGAUGAUUAUUUGAAGAAUAUCGAGUCAUCAAUAUCUGCAAAUCAAACACAUUCGACUCAAGUUGGCGAAGGGACUUCCUUGAGUAGCUUUACUCCAUUAGCGUUUGAUCAAUUUGAUUCUUCACCCAGUGAGCAAAAACCAUAUGAACACGAUAAUCAAGAGGAGCACGAAGUGAAACCAUACCUCGGCAAUGUCAAUGCUUUUGAUAUUAGUAAAUAUAUUGAAGAAGAACAUUCUUCUUCUUCCUCUUCUUCACUUCGACCCGAUUUAUAUCGAUCGAUAUCAAACCACAGCACAAGCAGCACACCAGACGAGAAAAAGAAGCGCGUAUCCAAAGGGGCCAUAUGUCCCGUGUGCGACAAAUACAUAAGCAGAGACUUGACUCGACAUAUGCGUAUACACAAUGAAGUUGGUAGAUUUCAAUGCGUUUACCCAAAGCAAAUGUGUAACCACAAAACUCAGAAUUUUAAUCGACCGUAUGAUUACAAAAAGCACUUGUUGCACCUGCACUUCCAAUUCGAUGAUCCAAAGGGGAAGAAUGCCAAUACAUUGGGUGAGAAAUUACCUAUGAGCGGUGUAUGUAUAGCGUGCGGCGUGAGAUUCAUUGCUGGGGAUUGGUUAAGUGAACAUGUAUUGACAAAGGAUCUCGAACAAAGAUGUCUUUAUGUCGAAGGUGAACCUGGCGACAUUUAA